CAUUUCCCAAAGAUGGUCCCCAAACUUCAGGGCCUGGAUAAACUGGCAGCACACCCCGCCGUCAGCUCGGACAGAGACUGGACGUUAGGAGGCUGCGGUAUCAACUAAAAACGAUGCAGUCCCUGUCCAUGGAAGUGGGGAGCAGCAGCAGCGGCUCAGCUCCCAGCGACACAUCUGGCCCGGUGGUGCAGGUGUGCUUCCCCGGCGCUCAGGCCUCGGUGCUGGACAGCCUGAACCGGCAGAGAGAAGACGGCCGGCUCUGUGACCUCUCCAUCCACGUCCAGGGACACGUGUUCAAAGCCCACCGCUGCGUCCUGGCCGCCUCCUCACCCUACUUCCAUGACCAGGUGCUGCUGAAGAACAUGUCGACAGUCUCCAUCCCGGCAGUGAUGGACCCGCUGGCGUUUGAGAGCGUGCUGAGCUGUGCCUACACCGGUCAGCUCCGGAUGCUGCGCGAGGACAUCGUCAACUACCUCACGGUGGGCAGCGUCCUGCAGAUGUGGCACAUCGUGGACAAAUGCACCGAGCUGCUGAAGGAGGGCCGAGCUGCAGCGGGGGGAGGGAGCAGCGGAGGAGGAGGAGGCGGCGGCUUGCAGGAUGGAGCGCCUGUCGGAGAAGGUAGAGGGUCGGCCAACCUCGGAUGCAGCAGCAGCAGCAUUGGUGACGGGGUGGCCGGCGGUGGUAAUGGGGCUGGCAGUGAUGGCGGUGGCGGUCAAGCCCGGGUCGAAGGGUCCAACGAGCCCCAGCGUGCCUCCCAACCUCCCAGCCGCCCGUCGGUGAGUGAGAGCCAGUCUCCCAGCAGCACCAACUACUUCAGCCCCAGGGACGGGAGCAGCUUCGGAGGAAGUGGUGCUGCUGCAGCUGGGGCGUCAGUGGACGGAGGCGGGGCCAGCAACACCCCCAGCUACUGCACCCCGUCAGGAGGAGAGGAAGCCUUCCUUAUUGAGGAGGAGGAGGAGGAGGAGGAAGAGGAGGAGGUGUUAUACCACCAGAGGAAAAGAGGAAGAGGAGGAGGCAGCGGGAGGAGGAAGAAAAUGAGCUCAGUGUCAGAGCAGGAGGUUGGGGUCAGCGACAGCUUUGGCGUGUCCUCCUAUCAGGACGGGGAGGACUCGGUGUUGCCGCUGCAGAGGCGUCCUACCUACAGCCAGCCCAGCAUCAUGCCCCGUAAACAGUGGGUGGUGGUGAAAACCGAACGCAUGGAGGACGACGACCUCAUCGUGGUGUCCGGGGAGGAGGGAGGAGAGGACGAGGAGGACGAGGAUGAGAGGGAGAUGGAGCUGGCCAGAGAGAGGGAGAGAAGCGACUUCAACAUCUCCAACGUUCGGAGCCUCUCAGCUGAUCUGGGAGGCAGAACGGAGAGCGACAUGGACUCACAGGUGGACUACUGCCAGUCGUCAGAAGACUACCUCAAGUUUGAAGGCAGUUUAAUGGACCAGACUUUAGCUCACCUUCAUGACAGUGCAGCAGGUCAGAACCAGAGCGCUAACCGUGCCGUGUCAGCGCUUCUGGGCCAGGUUCAGUCUGCCGCCUCAGCCCGGGCCCAGCUCUUCCCCCUGGACAUGCAGGGGAACCAGAUCCUCCUCUACAGCCAGGCUUCCGGACUCUCCCUGGACGCCGCCGCCCCUCACCUGGGGAUGGCGGGUGGUAUGAUGGGAGGAGCCUCUUUCAAAGGUCCCGGUCUGGAGCACGGUGCGGUCCACCUGUCGGUGCAGGGCGGUUUGGGAGUCGACGGCAUGGACGGUGGGGGGGUUGGAGGCGGGGGCGGGAGCGGCAGCGGCGCCGGGGGUUCAGGGAAAGUGUUCAUGUGCCACUGUGGUAAGACCUUCACCCACAAGAGCAUGAGGGACCGCCACAUAAACAUGCACCUGGACCUGAGGCCCUUCCACUGCCCCGUCUGUGCCAAGAAGUUCAAGAUGAAGCAUCACCUCACGGAGCACAUGAAGACGCACACGGGCCUCAAGCCGUACGACUGCCUCGGCUGCGGCAAGAAGUUCAUGUGGCGCGACAGCUUCAUGCGGCACCGCUCACACUGCGAGAGGCGCAGCGGGCUGGGGGAGAGCGGCGAAGGCGGGGGCAGCGGCGGCGAGGGAGGGAGAAGAGGAGGAGGUGAGGAGGGGCCAGAUUUGAUUGCCUCCCCUCACCUCCUCCUGACUGGUGGUGAGGGAGGACAGGGCGGUAUUCUGGGAGGAGGAGGAGGGAGAGGAGGGGGAAUGUCUGCUUCUUCUCCACAUCUUUUGGGCGUCUCAGCCACAGGAAGUAGCAGCAGCAACAACAACGGUUUGAGUAACUCGAGCAACAAUAUGGCCGCCGCAGGGGUGCUUCUAGGGGUCGUCUCCCAGAGUCCCGGUCAAGGAUCAGGGAUGUUCGCUGGUCUGGGGUUGGGGCGAAGUGUGUGUGAUGAAGACGUGUGUGAAGUCAGUGCCAAUGACGGUAGCGUGACCUAAACCAGAAGUGAGAGUUCUGUCCAACGGGUCCCUCUGUCUGAGCAAACUGUCAUGCUUCUCGUUCCUGCUGCUGUUUUUACAACAUAGUUAACUUGGAACCUCUGAUCACUUUUAACCUCCAACA